CAUUCGCUCCCCGACCGCGGCAGCGUGCACAUGUUUCAACGUACGCCGUGUUUCAGUAAACACACGAUCGCGAAAAAACUUUUCGGUGCGGUGACGAACUAUUGAGUUAUAAGCUAUAGAAUUUAGAUCUUCGAAAUAUGAACACAAUACAAUAGUGCUGUGAGUUUUGCUAAGUGAAAAGAGACUGAUCAGCGGCUGCACUGAAGAGCCUAAUUACGAGCUAGGCUAAUUGGCGGGACCGGCGUUUCAUGAAGUGCGAGAGGCGGACGCCGCAGCAGGCAAGCGGCGGCAGUCCAGGGCUGGGUUCUCAAAUGCUCGCCAUGGAUGUGACAAAGGAGGCCCGCGCAUCUCCCCUCCCAGCUGGCAGCCAGACCGGCUCCUCAGCGGCCGCGCAGCCUUCUCAACCACAGCAGAUAUGUGCUGGAUGCAGCAAGGUGAUCACGGAGAGGUACCUGUUGAAGGCGCUGGACCAGCUGUGGCAUGAAGACUGUUUAAAGUGCGGCUGCUGUGACUGUCGGCUUGGGGAGGUUGGACACACACUGUACACGCGGGCGAAUCUUAUACUUUGCAAGAGGGAUUAUUUGAGGCUUUUCGGCAACACGGGCUACUGCGCAGCGUGCAAUAAGGUGAUCCCGGCGUUUGAGAUGGUGAUGCGCGCGCGCAGUAACGUCUACCAUCUCGAGUGUUUCGCGUGUCAACAGUGUAAUCAUAGAUUCUGCGUCGGCGAUCGGUUCUACCUGUGCGAAAACAAGAUCCUGUGCGAAUACGACUACGAAGAGAGGUUGGUGUUCGCCAAUAUGGCGUACAAUCCUCCGCCGCUUGCGCAUCUUAAGAGGCAGACCACACACCUGCCACCGCCACCGACAAGCAACGCAAUGAGCCUCAUGAACGGCUCCAGCCGCUCCGGCGACCUAAACAACAACAUGUCCGGUUCUUCCCCCGCGCCGUUCGCACCUCCCCCGCACCUCAAGCCCCUCGGCCUCUCUGCGUCCAGCUGAGACUAUCGCGUUUGAGACGUCCACCCCUACGUCAAGUACCAUAACUGAACAAACGCACUUGUGAACUAUACGAGAACGAGUGAAAUUACUCAGUGUUGCGUGAUACACAGGGAAGUGUCCAAACUGAACGACUCAACUACAUAAUAUGAACUGUUUCAAUUUUCGGUACAACUCAAUUUGAUAAGUGUAAAAAUGUUUCGAACGUUUCGUUGUACGUCAGUAGUGUUGUUACAAAGCUAAUGCCAAAACUCGAUGUUCGGGAGCUGGAGGUGCUCCCGUUAGACAAUUAAUUUCUUCCUAUGUGAAAGAUUUAGAUAGACUUUUAUUAAAACGUAAUAAAUAAAAUGUUUUAAUCUCAUAAGAUGAUCUCAUAAGGGCAAUCUCGACUUAGAAUAUAUUUGAUGAAUAAGUAAAGAUCCGAUUUUUAAAAGCAAAUAAAUACGCGGGGAAGACUGCAUUAUUAAGAGUUUAAUUUGGAAAGUUAUUGUUUUCUAAAAUGCUUUUACGUGCAUUAAAAUAAAAAUGUUUAAUGAAUUUUAGUAAUAAUAAUUACUUAAUCUUAUGUAAAUAUAGAAAAUGUGUUUUCAAUAUUUUUGUUAUAUAACUAUCAAUAUGAAGCGAGCUGAUUCAAAGAUCAAUUUUAUUUUAAUUUUGCAAUACAUAUUUUUUUACUAAUGUAACUUUUUGGCCUGGCCACUUAUUUCUUCAUACGCUCGCCACCUUGUUAUUUCGUUUUGUACCUUUAAUGUAUAUUACUGUUAAGUUUACUAUAAACAUUGUUGUAAUGUUUGUAUUAUUUAUGUAAAUAAAAGUAUUCAUAAGUAGACUAUUUGUAUCUUACAAUAAAUGACUUUACAUUGGUGUAUAUUAUGAAAUAUGUAAACAUAGUAAAAUGUGGAAAUAACUGUUAUAAAGUUUUCAUAAUUAAUCAUAAUAGUUCAAAUUAGUUUGUUUAGUCAUAUUUUAAAUCCUCGUAUUAUGUACUAAUAAUUUACAGUUCCGCAUUUAUGUAAGUAGGUAAAAAUCUCAUGCAUUCCUAACUGUAUAAUGUUGCUAUCAUGUGAACCUUAUGUGAACAAUUUACAUUAAAUGUGUCAGAUUCUUUCCAAACCAAUGAUAUGACCAAAGAAGUAGCUGAUUAAAGCCUUGUUCAAAAUCAAA